CCCGCGCGCUCGCUCGCUCGCUCGCUCCUCGCCUCGCUCUCCCCUUUAAACGCCCACUUCGGAUGGGGAAAGAAGACAACUUGAAGUCAAGUUGCAAUUAACUUCCGCGGCAGCCGCAGCUCCGGCGGCGGCGGCACCAGAGGCAGAAGCCGCCGCCUCGGAAGUCCGACGCCGGUGCGCCCGCCCGGGGAGCCGUUCCCGGUCUCCGGCCCGCACCCGACAGCCACCGCCACCCCCAGCGCCCAUGCCUGAGUGAUCUUUAGAGGGUAACUGAGUAUGGAUCAUUUGAACGAGGCAACUCAGGGGAAAGAACAUUCAGAAAUGUCUAACAAUGUGAGCGAUACGAAGGGUCCACCAGCCAAGAUUGCCCGCCUGGAGCAGAACGGGAGCCCACUGGGAAGAGGAAGGCUUGGGAGUACAGGUGGAAAAAUGCAGGGAGUGCCUUUAAAACACUCGGGCCAUCUGAUGAAAACCAACCUUAGGAAAGGAACCAUGCUACCAGUGUUUUGCGUGGUGGAACAUUACGAAAACGCCAUUGAAUACGAUUGCAAGGAGGAGCAUGCGGAAUUUGUGUUGGUGAGAAAGGACAUGCUUUUCAACCAGCUGAUAGAAAUGGCACUGCUGUCUCUGGGUUACUCGCAUAGCUCUGCUGCCCAGGCCAAAGGGCUAAUCCAGGUUGGAAAGUGGAAUCCAGUUCCACUGUCUUAUGUGACAGAUGCCCCUGAUGCUACGGUAGCGGAUAUGCUUCAAGACGUGUAUCAUGUGGUCACGUUGAAAAUUCAGUUACACAGUUGCCCCAAACUCGAAGACUUGCCUCCUGAACAAUGGUCGCACACCACAGUGAGGAAUGCUCUGAAGGACCUCCUGAAAGACAUGAAUCAGAGUUCGCUGGCCAAGGAGUGCCCCCUUUCACAGAGUAUGAUUUCUUCCAUUGUGAACAGCACUUACUAUGCAAAUGUCUCGGCAGCAAAAUGUCAAGAAUUUGGAAGGUGGUACAAACAUUUCAAGAAGACAAAAGAUAUGAUGGUCGAAAUGGAUAGUCUUUCUGAACUAUCCCAGCAAAGUGCCAACCAUGUCAACUUUGGCCAGCAGCCGGUCCCAGGGAACACGGCAGAGCAGCCUCCGUCCCCCGCUCAGCUCUCCCAUGGCGGCCAGCCCUCCGUCCGGACCCCUCUUCCGAACCUGCAUCCUGGGCUUGUGUCAACGCCCAUCAGUCCUCAGUUGGUCAACCAGCAGCUGGUGAUGGCUCAGCUGCUGAACCAGCAGUAUGCAGUGAAUAGACUUUUAGCCCAGCAGUCCUUAAACCAACAAUACUUGAACCACCCUCCCCCUGUCAGUAGAUCUAUGAAUAAGCCUUUGGAGCAACAGGUUUCAACCAACACAGAGGUGUCUUCCGAAAUCUACCAGUGGGUACGCGAUGAACUGAAACGAGCAGGAAUCUCCCAGGCAGUAUUUGCACGUGUGGCUUUUAACAGAACUCAGGGCUUGCUUUCAGAAAUUCUCCGAAAGGAAGAGGACCCCAAGACUGCAUCCCAGUCUUUGCUGGUAAAUCUUCGGGCGAUGCAGAAUUUCUUGCAGUUACCGGAAGCUGAAAGAGAUCGAAUUUACCAGGAUGAAAGGGAAAGGAGCUUGAAUGCCGCCUCGGCCAUGGGUCCUGCCCCCCUGAUAAGCACACCGCCCAGCCGCCCUCCCCAGGUGAAAACAGCUACUAUUGCCACUGAGAGGAAUGGGAAACCAGAGAACAAUACCAUGAACAUUAAUGCUUCCAUUUAUGAUGAGAUUCAGCAGGAAAUGAAGCGCGCUAAAGUGUCCCAAGCACUGUUUGCGAAGGUCGCAGCAACCAAGAGCCAGGGGUGGUUGUGUGAGCUGUUACGCUGGAAAGAAGAUCCUUCUCCAGAAAACAGGACCCUGUGGGAGAACCUCUCCAUGAUCCGAAGGUUCCUCAGUCUUCCUCAGCCAGAACGCGAUGCCAUAUAUGAACAGGAGAGCAACGCGGUGCAUCACCAUGGCGACAGGCCGCCCCACAUCAUCCACGUUCCAGCCGAGCAGAUUCAGAGCCCCUCUCCCUCCACCCUUGGGAAAGGAGAGUCUAGAGGCGUUUUCUUGCCCGGCCUGCUGACCCCUGCACCGUGGCUCAGUGCUGCUCCUCAGCAGCCGCAGCCGCAGCCCCAGCAGCCCGCGCCGCCACCCCCGCAGCCGCAGGCGCAGCAGCCGGCCGGCCCCCGGCUCCCCCCGCGGCAGCCCACCGUGGCCUCCCCGGCCGAGGCCGAGGACGACGCCCGCCAGAAGCCCCGGCCGCGCACCAAGAUCUCCGUGGAGGCCCUGGGCAUCCUGCAGAGUUUCAUCCAAGACGUCGGCCUGUACCCGGACGAGGAGGCCAUCCAGACUCUGUCCGCCCAGCUGGACCUGCCCAAGUUCACCAUCAUCAAGUUCUUUCAGAACCAGCGGUACUAUCUCAAGCACCACGGCAAGCUGAAGGACAACGCCGGCCUCGAGGUGGACGUGGCCGAAUACAAAGAGGAGGAGCUGCUGAAGGAUCUAGAAGAGAGCGUGCAAGACAAAAACGCUAACACCCUUUUCUCGGUGAAGCUGGAGGACGAGCUCGCGGUGGAAGGGAACACGGACAUUAGCGCCGACUUGAAAGACUGAGACACACAGUAUUCUUUUCAGGCAGCAUUGCCACUGGUAUUGAACACAAGGAAACCCCACCUGUGCGCGCGCAGAAACCGUGGUUGCUCGUGGUGUGGCCAACGAAGCUUCAGAAACUUGCACAAACAGGAAAGCUGAGAAGGGGGAUAAGACAGACUGCACCAAGUGUUUUCCCCUGAUUUACAAACUGCUCGGCAGCCCCAGGUGAAGCAUUGAGGAUUGUUUGGUAUUAAAAGUUCAGAUUUGUGUUCUCGGGACGCACCGAGGUGUGUACCCCCGUCAGCAUGAUACCAGUGAUUUUUUUUUAAAAAAAAUGAUGAUGAUGAUUCUGGAGCCUCAAACAAGCAUUAUAACGUCUGUGGUUAUGAUUUCCUUCCUUUCAUUAUUUCUGUAACACUCCACACACUGAUCUUUGGAAACUCGCCCCUUAUUUUAAAAGAAAGAAAAAAAAAAAGAGUUUGUUACUCUAUUGUAUGUUACAAAAGAACUAUAGACUGUGGAAUGCAGUUUAAAGAUGACAUAUGCCAACAAAUGCCUUGUAUUAUAUGGCACUGCCGUAAUUCAAACUUGUUUUUAUUUUGGAAAUAAAAGUUCGCUGUAAUUUUUUUUUUUUUUCAUUCUCAUUGUUACAUAAUUUUUUUUAAAUGAAAAGAAAAUGUGAAACACAGUUUAGUCCUCAUUAUUUAUUUGUAGAUCCUGCAGCAUCAUGUUGUAAUUAAUUUUUUGGAAGUUUCCGUUAAAUGUAAUAUUGCUUCUCUUGUUACCAUACUGAUUCUUUUUCUAUUUAUAAAUGUAUUUUGAUGGGCAGUAAAACAAAGUGUCUUAAAAGUUUUAAAUAGAGAAAAUGUGCUUUACACAGUUGCCUAUAAAAAGUGCUCUAUGUUAUCCAAGCAAUUCAUACUAUAAGCUUCACUCUUAUUGUUGUAUGCAAUUUUUACUAUCAUGCAAAUAAGCUUAGGUAAAUAAAACUAAUAGAUCACCUUAGAAAAUUAUGCAAUUAAUGUGAAAAUAAUUGAUGUUUGCAAUGUGUCUUCCUUUGGUUUACAAUCAAUUUUAAAGCUACAUCUGUAUAAAAUUUCAGUAUAAAGGUGUAUUUCUUUUUUAUGAGUUUAUGGCUAUGAAAACACCAGCUAUUUUGUUACAGCUGGCUGUUUUUAUACGUGUAUCACAAUUUUCUUUAUGCAGAAAUAUUCUGACUAGGAGUGGUUAUUGACUGUAACUACACAAUUAAAAUUGUUUGUAUGGUAUGA